CGUGUGUGUUAAACGUGCUGCCUCCCUCCCAAGACCAUGUAAAGCCUACUGACCGUUGGGCUCCUCAGAGCGAGAACCAGACCGCAGGUUGAAAUGGGGAACUCCGAGAGUCAGUACACCCUUCAAGGAUCUAAAAAUCACAGCAAUACUAUUACUGGUGCUAAGCAAAAGCCUUGCUCCCUGAAGAUACGUGGCAUUCACGCAAAAGACGAGAAGUCGGUGCAUGGGUGGGGCCACGGCGGCAGCGGGGCGGGCUACAAGUCCAGGUCCCUGGCCCGAAGCUGCCUUUCUCACUUCAAGAGCAGCCAGCCUUACGCGGCGUCCAGGCUGGGCGGGCCCACGUGCAAAGUCUGCAAAGGCGUCGCCCACGCCAAGCACAGGGCAAACGCCCCAGGAAAGGACUUCCAGGGCCACGAUGCCGCCUUCUGCCCGGAGAAUGGCUUCCUCUGCGCGGGCCAGCAGCCCGCGGAUAACCACGUCGCCUCCAGAGACUGCAACGGCCACCUUCUCCACUGCUACGGGAGGCCCGAGAGCGCGGCCUCGGCGCCACGGGGCGAGGACCGCAGGAGCCCCCGGGUGCUCAUCCGGACGCUGGGGAAGCUGGACGGGUGUCUGCGGGUCGAGUUCCACAACGGCCACGUGCCCGGCGAGGCGUCGGGCGGGGGCGGCCCGGUGCGGCUGCUGCGCUACUCGCCCUCGCCCGCGGAGCCCGGGGCCUCCCGGAGGGCGUCGGGCGCCGACUCCCCGCCGCGCCCCCGGCCCUCUCCCACCGACUCCGGCCUGCGCUCCAGCAAGGGCAGCUCCCUGAGCUCCGAGUCCUCCUGGUACGACUCCCCGUGGGGCAACGCCGCCGGCGGGGAGCUGAGCGAGGCGGAGGGCCCCUUCCUGGCCCCCGGCACGCCCGAGCCCGGCCGCCACGCCAGCUUCCCGCCUGGUGACGCCAAAAAGCCUUUCAACCAAAGCUCCUCCCUGUCCUCCCUGCGGGAGCUGUACAGAGACGCCACCCUGGGCGGCCUGGCCCCCGCGGGCAUGCGCCUCUCGGACGAGUGCGUGGUGGGCGCGCACGCGGGCCUCAGCACCCGGGUCUCCUUCGCGUCCGACAUGGACGUGCCCUCCCGGGUGGCGCGCCGGGACCCCGCGCAGUACAGCUCCUUCACCCUCCCCUGUCGCAAGCCCAAAGCCUUAACCGAGGACAGUGCCAAGAAGGACACCCUCAAAGCCAGGAUGCGACGCAUCAGCGACUGGACGGGAAGCCUCUCCAGGAAGAAGAGGAAACUGCAGGAGCCGAGGUCCAAGGAGGGCAGUGACUAUUUUGACAGCCGCUCUGAUGGACUGAAUGCGGAUGUGCAGACGCCCUGCCAGGCAUCCGCUUUGCUGUGGUCAGGGGGCUCGGCUCAGAUCCUGUCUCAGAGAAGUGAAUCCACUCAUGCGAUUGGCAGUGAUCCCCUCCGACAGAACAUUUACGAGAAUUUCAUGCGAGAGCUGGAAAUGAGCAGGACUAACACUGAGAACGUAGAGACCUCUACAGACACCGCGGAGUCCAGCAGUGAGUCGCUCAGCUCGCUGGAGCAGCUGGACCUGCUCUUCGAGAAGGAACAGGGAGUGGUCCGGAAAGCCGGGUGGCUCUUCUUCAAACCCCUCGUCACUUUGCAGAAGGAAAGGAAGCUGGAGCUGGUGGCUCGAAGGAAGUGGAAACAGUACUGGGUGACACUUAAGGGAUGCACCCUGCUGUUCUAUGAGACCUACGGGAAGAAUUCCACGGAUCAGAGCAGCGCCCCUCGGUGCGCUCUGUUUGCGGAAGACAGCAUCGUGCAGUCCGUCCCAGAGCAUCCCAAGAAGGAAAACGUGUUCUGCCUGAGCAAUUCCUUUGGGGACGUCUACCUUUUCCAGGCCACCAGCCAGACAGAUCUGGAAAACUGGGUCACUGCCAUACACUCUGCUUGCGCGUCCCUUUUUGCAAAGAAGCAUGGGAAAGAGGACACGGUGCGGCUCCUGAAAAACCAGACCAAAAACCUCCUUCAGAAGAUAGACAUGGACAGCAAGAUGAAGAAGAUGGCAGAGCUGCAGCUGUCGGUGGUGAGCGACCCGAAGAACAGGAAAGCCAUAGAAAACCAGAUCCAGCAGUGGGAGCAGAACCUGGAGAAGUUUCACAUGGAUCUGUUCCGGAUGCGCUGCUAUCUGGCCAGCCUGCAAGGCGGGGAGCUGCCCAACCCCAAGAGUCUCCUUGCUGCCGCCAGCCGGCCCUCCAAGCUGGCUCUCGGCAGGUUGGGCGUCUUGUCUGUUUCUUCUUUCCACGCUCUGGUAUGUUCUAGAGAUGACUCUGCUCUCCGGAAAAGAACGCUAUCACUGACUCAGCGAGGAAGGAACAAGAGGAGCAUAUUUUCUUCAUUAAAAGGGUUGGAUACUCUGGCCAGAAAGGGGAAGGAGAAGAGACCCUCUAUAACUCAGAUACUUGAUUCGAGUGGCAGCCCUGGAUUUUCUGGAACUCAGCUACCUCAAAUCUCCAGUAACUCCAGCGAGGUCGAUGAACUUCUGCAUAUAUAUGGUUCAGCAGGGGAUGGUGGUCCCCGAGACAACAUGUGGGAAAGCCUGGCAUAUAUUCACUUUCAGGAUAAUCAAGGAGUUACGGUCACGAUCAAGCCAGAACACAGAGUAGAAGAUAUUCUGACUUUGGCGUGCAAGAUGAGGCAGUUGGAACCCAGCCACUAUGGCCUACAACUUCGGAAAUUAGUGGAUGACAACAUUGAACGCUGCGUCCCUGCGCCGUAUGAGUAUAUGCAAGAGCAGGUUUACGAUGAAAUAGAAAUCUUUCCACUCGGUGUUUAUGACGUGCAGCUCACGAAGACUGGGAGUGUGUCUGACUUCGGGUUUGCAGUGACGGCACAGGUGGACGAACGCCAGCGUCUCAGUCGGAUAUUCAUCAGUGACGUUCUCCCCGACGGCUUGGCAUACGGGGAAGGUCUGAGAAAGGGCAAUGAAAUCAUGACCUUAAAUGGGGAAGCCGUAUCUGAUCUUGACCUGAAGCAGAUGGAGGCCCUGUUCUCUGAGAAGAGCGUUGGACUCACUCUCAUUGCCCGGCCUCCGGACACAAAAGCAACCCUGUGUACUUCCUGGUCAGACAGUAACCUGUUCUCCAGCGACCAGAAGAGUCUGCUGCCUCCUCCCAACCAGUCGCAACUUCUGGAGGAAUUCCUGGAUAACUUUAAAAAGAACACAGCAAAUGAUUUCAGCAAUGUCCCUGACAUCACAACAGGUCUGAAAAGGAGUCAGACAGAUGGGACCCUGGAUCAGGUUUCCCGCAGGGAGAAAAUGGAGCAGACGUUCAGGAGUGCUGAGCAGAUAGCUGCACUGUGUAGGAGUUUUAACGACACUGAGGCCAACGGCAUGGAAGGACCCAGGGAGAGUCAGGACCCACCUCCGAGGCCUCUGGCCCGCCACCUCUCCGAUGCAGACCGCCUCCGAAAAGUCAUCCAGGAGCUCGUGGACACGGAGAAAUCUUAUGUGAAGGAUCUGAGCUGCCUCUUUGAAUUGUACUUGGAGCCACUUCAGAGUGAGACCUUUCUUACCCAAGACGAGAUGGAGUCACUUUUUGGAAGUUUGCCAGAGAUGCUUGAGUUUCAAAAGGUGUUUCUGGAGACUCUGGAGGAUGGGAUUUCAGCAUCAUCUGACUUUAACAUACUGGAAACUCCCUCGCAGUUUAGAAAAUUACUGUUUUCCCUUGGAGGCUCUUUUCUUUAUUAUGCGGACCACUUUAAACUGUACAGUGGAUUCUGUGCUAAUCAUAUUAAAGUACAGAAGGUUCUAGAGCGAGCUAAGACCGAUAAAGCCUUCAAGGCUUUUCUGGAUGCCCGGAACCCCACCAAGCAGCACUCCUCCACGCUGGAGUCCUACCUCAUCAAGCCAGUUCAGAGAGUGCUCAAGUACCCUCUGCUGCUCAAGGAGCUCGUGUCCCUGACGGACCACGAAAGUGAGGAACACUAUCACCUGACAGAAGCACUAAAGGCCAUGGAAAAAGUAGCGAGCCACAUCAAUGAGAUGCAGAAGAUCUAUGAGGACUAUGGGACUGUGUUCGACCAGCUGGUAGCAGAGCAGAGUGGGACGGAGAAGGAGGUAACAGAACUUUCAAUGGGGGAACUUCUGAUGCACUCUACGGUUUCCUGGUUGAAUCCAUUUCUGUCUCUAGGAAAAGCCAGAAAGGACCUUGAGCUCACAGUAUUUGUUUUUAAGAGAGCUGUCAUACUGGUUUAUAAAGAAAACUGCAAACUGAAAAAGAAAUUGCCCUCAAAUUCCCGGCCUGCACACAGCUCUGCUGACCUGGACCCAUUUAAAUUCCGCUGGUUGAUCCCCAUCUCCGCGCUUCAAGUCAGACUGGGGAAUACAGCAGGGACAGAAAAUAAUUCCAUAUGGGAGCUAAUCCAUACAAAGUCAGAAAUAGAAGGACGGCCAGAAACCAUCUUUCAAUUGUGUUGCAGUGACAGUGAAAGCAAAACCAACAUUGUUAAGGUGAUUCGUUCCAUUCUGAGAGAGAACUUCAGGCGUCACAUAAAGUGUGAAUUACCGCUGGAGAAAACAUGUAAGGAUCGCCUGGUGCCUCUUAAGAACAGAGUUCCUGUUUCAGCCAAAUUAGCUUCCUCCAGGUCUUUGAAAGUCCUCAAGAAUUCCUCCAGCAGUGAGUGGACCAGCGAGACCGGCAAGGGCAACUCGCUGGACUCGGACGAGUGCAGCUUGAGCAGCAGCACCCAGAGCAGUGGCUGCCACACGGCUGAGAGCAGGCAGGACUCCAAGAGUGAGUCUCCUGGGAAAUACCCUCACUCAGGCUUGGCAGAUUUUGUGGACAAUCUCAUCAAAGAGAGUGAUAUUCUGAGCGAUGAAGAUGAUGACUACCAUCAGACUCUGAAACGGAGCAGCCCUACCAAAGACAUCGAAAUUCAAUUCCAGAGGCUGAGAAUCUCUGAAGACCCCGAUGCUCAACCGCCAGCAGAACCCCAGCCUGGCACGGAGGCGGGUGAGGGUCAGAAAGGAGGGAAGCAGCCCAGACUGGUCCGGGGACACUUCUGCCCCAUUAAACGAAAAGCAAACAGCACCAAGAGGGACAGAGGAACUCUGCUCAAGGCACAGAUUCGUCACCAGUCUCUUGACAGUCAUUCUGAAAAUGCCAACAUGGAUCUAAAUUCUGUCCUAGAGCGAGAAUUCAGCGUCCAGAGUUUAACAUCCGUUGUCAAUGAGGAUUGUUUUUAUGAAACAGAGAGCCAUGGAAAAUCUUAGUGCAGGUCAAUCCAGAUAUGGGUUAAAUUGCUCGUUUUAAACUGGUGGAAAAGUGGAAAUUGCA